AUGAGCGUCUCAAGAUCUUUUGCUCUCUUUUCUACUUUAUUGAAUCCCUCCACUGACUCCCCUGCCUUCUCUCUCUCCGCAGUGAAUAAACACAAGCCGUGGAUUGAGACGUCGUACCACGGCGUGAUCACUGAGAACACAGACAUUGUCCUGCUGGACCCUCCCCUAGUGGCCCUGGAUAAAGACGCCCCUGUCCCUUAUGCAGGAGAAAUCUGUGCAUUCAACAUCCAUGGGCUUGAGGCUCCAUUUGAGGCCGUCGUGUUGAAUGGCACAUCCGGCGAGGGCCAGCUGAGGGCUCGUGGCCUGGUGGACUGUGAGCUGCAGAAGGAGUACACCUUCAUCAUCCAGGCCCACGACUGUGGAUCCGGCCCAGGAGGCACUGAGGGCAAGAAGUCUCACAAGGCAGUGGUGCACAUCCAGGUAAACGACGUGAAUGAGUUUGCCCCGGUGUUUCGAGAACCCCAGUACCACGCAGCGGUGACCGAGGGGAAAAUCUAUGACAGCAUCCUGCAGGUGGAGGCCACCGACCAGGACUGCUCCCCACAGUACAGCCAGAUCUGCAACUACCAGAUCACCACCACCAACACACCCUUUGCCAUAGAUCGCAACGGUAACAUCCGUAACACAGAGAAAUUGAGCUUUGAUCGCCAGCAGCAGUACGAGAUCCAGGUGACAGCCUGGGACUGUGGCCAGAAGAGAGCCUUCCACAGCGUUCCUGUCCGCAUUGACGUCAAGCCUGUCUGCAAGCCUGGUUGGCAAGGUUGGGGCAAGCGUGUGGACUAUGAACCAGGUACAGGCAGCAAGCAGCUGUUUCCCAAGAUGCAUCUGGAGACGUGCGGCGGGCCAUUGUCGUCAGUGAGGACCACGGUGGAGUUGCAGACGAGCCAUAUUGGGAAAGGCUGCGACCGCGAGACCUACUCUGAGAAGUCCCUGCAGAAACUCUGUGGGGCCUCCUCGGGCAGCACCGACCUUCUCCCCGCCCCCAGUGCUUCCACCAAUUGGACAGCUUCCCUUGUGACAGACAGUGGGCGGGACAGUGACUUGAUAUUCCGGUUUGAUGGUCGUCAAGCAGCCAAAAUCCCAGACCAGGUGGUACCCCAGAAUCUGACAGACCAGUUCACAAUCGCAACCUGGAUGAAGCAUGGUCCCAGUCCAGGCCUGAGGGCCGAGAAGGAGACACUUCUCUGUAACUCUGACAAGACUGAGAUGAACCGUCACCACUACUCUCUCUAUGUCCAUAACUGUCGCCUGGUGUUCCUGCUGAGGAGAGACUUCACCCAGGUGGUCACUUUCAGACCCGCCGAGUUUCACUGGAAACUGGAACAGAUCUGUGACAAGGAAUGGCAUUACUACGUAAUCAAUGUGGAGUUUCCCGUGGUCACGCUCUACGUGGACGGAGUGACCUAUGACCCCUACCUGGUCACAGACGAUUGGCCUAUCCACCCGUCCCAGAUUGAUGUGCAGCUGACAGUGGGCGCCUGCUGGCAAGGUGGUGAGGUGACAAAACCACGGUUCACGCAGUACUUCCGAGGCAGCCUGUCUGGCCUGACCAUCCGACCGGGGAAGAUUGAGAGCCAGAAGGUCAUCUCCUGUCUGCAGGCCUGCAAGGAGGGCCUGGAUAUCAACUCCCUGGAGAGCCUGGAUAAGAGCAUUAAGUUCCAUUUCAACCCGGCCCAGUCCAUCCUGGUUAUGGAAGGGGAAGACUUGGAGAACAUGAAUGCUGCCGUGCGGAAGGUUUCCUACAUCAAUUCCCGCCAGUUCCCUACGCCGGGCAUUCGGCGCCUGCACAUCUCCACUGCAGUCCAGUGUUUCGGGGAGGACACAUGUAUCACCAUUCCAGACAUUGACGCACUGGUGAUGGUGCUUCAACCCAGCGAGCCCAGGAUCACCAUAGCCGGGGUGGAGAGGCUGAGCCGGCCAGCAUCCGACCUCAGGAUGCCAGGGGGCCUGGCCCUGUUCCAGGACCUCCACAUCAUCAGCACCGUCACCAGGGCUGAUGCAGCAGCGCAUCACACAGCACAUCGGCCAGGGGUGCUGGAAGAGAUUAUCCAUAACCUUGACUACUGUGAUAUCCUGGUGCUGGGCGAGGAGCUUCGACCUGAACAGGAGUCCCUCCAACUGCACCGGAGCAGUCUGCUUGGAAAACACCUGGAUGCCACCAACUCCACCUCUGGCAUGUCAAUAUAUGGUGUGGACUCCAUGUCCAACUAUGAGCAGGUGAUCCGACAGGUACGCUACCAUAACUGGCACCCUGGACAGCUUGGCGAGAGACGGUUCCGCCUCACCUGUUCUGAGCUCAAUGGACGCUACACCAGCAACGAGUUCAACCUGGAGGUCAACAUACUCCACAGCUCAGAGCCCGGGGAGCAUGUCAGUCACAUGGUGGCCCCGCCUCAGUACAUGCAAGUGGUCCAUCAUCCAUCCAUGAUACAUGACCUGUACCCCAACCACAGCUCAGGUGUGCCAAGCGCAGCAACGGUAGUGAUUGUGAUGUGUAUCGCUGCCUUGGUGGUGGUAGUUGUACUUGGCAUCUACCGCAUCCACCUUACCCACCAGCAGGAGGUCAAACUGGUUGAGACGGCCAAGGACGUGGAUGUAGCAUGGGACAACUCGGCGCUCACCAUCACCGUCAACCCCAUGGAGAACUUUGAGCCCCGGGCCAUAGACGAGGAGGCCAGCGAGGAAGAGGAGGAAGAUGACGAAGAAGAAGAAGAUGACAUCACCAGUGCCGAAUCGGAUGACAGCGAGGAGGAAGUGGAUGUCCAACUACCCAGGAUGCAACAUUCCAGCAAGAUGCAAAACUGGGACAAAACAACAAUAUCUUACUAA